CACACACACACACACACACCUCACCACCCGGCCGGCAGCAAAACCAUGGAAGGAAGCAGGCCGCCGUUCCGAGCGAUCCGGCCGAGCAAAGGUAAGGGAGGCCAUCUUACAUGUGCCAGUCAAGCGGCCAGGCUCGCCCACAUCCUUACACUACUGUCGUCGCUGCUCGUUUCUUGUGGAGUCGGCACCAUCCUUUUGUAAUGAAACUAAAAUGGUUCAACAUCUCCUUUGGAUUGUCAUUGGAUAAACUUCUGUAUCGCAAUAUAAAUCUCAUGCAAGAGCGAUGAGAGCGGAGGAGAGCGAGGCGGAAACGAGGCCGCCUGAGGCGAUCGCCGAUCUUCCGCGGUCGGCGCGCUCCUCGCCCGUAGGCGGCGCAGGGGGGCCGGCACAGAUCGGUUCUUGUUCUCUCAGUCCUCGCGCGGUGGUGUCGACGAGAGGGAAGGAUGGGCCGACGGGAUCUGGCGGGGACCAUGUCGCCUCGCCGCAGCUUGUCAGCGGACGGGAGGAGAGACGAUGGAAUCAAUGGCGGGUUUCUUUUGCUGACAGGUCGGAUCCGGGCGUAUGGAUCGAAGGGCGCCUUCGAUUAACUUUGCCUUCGCGCUGGAUGGCGCUCCUCGAUCUGGAGAAUGAAGUGCUCGCCGGCGACUACCUUCCGGACGGCGACGUGAUUGAGGUGGGGUUUCAAUUCAAUUUUGAUUCUUAUAUCGUGGUUGUCGGCGAUUGCGUGCAGAUCGACGUACGCACAAAGGCAACGGAGAUGAUUGACUUGACGGGGUACAUGGCGAUGGCGAUGGUGGAGCCGGGGGCGUCGACAUCUGCCCGCGAAGUUGCUUCCGGUGAUCGCCGGAGGGUGGGUGGGAGAUUUUGGGUGCUGGCGGAUGAUGACAGCGGGGAUGACGAGGUAGAUGACGGGCGCUCCGGAGGAUCGAUGACCUGCUCGCCUACUCCCUCGGAUAUUCUUUGUGAGGCUUGCUCCGGCCAAGAUGAGGAAGAGGUGGCAGAGAUGGUGGAGAAGGUCGUCCCUCCCGAGGACCCGGCAAGGAACGGACUGCAGUCCGGCGAGAAGUUGGAGCUGCUCCGGCGUGUCGUGCAUCGGAGGAUGGCGUCGAACGCACCUCGGCCCUGGAGGGGUCCAAUUCCCAAGGUGAGUCUUCCCAAACUUACUGUUUUUGAUCUGGUUGCGCCGGAGGCGUGGACGGCAGUGGUCAGACGGCAGAAGGGCGGUCGUGCGGCGGCUGGCCGGUAG